GCUACAGCUACAGCGCAGUACUUAGAUCGUCUCCGGACGCUAGGGUACCGUGUGGACCUAGUUCCUAUAGAGUACGUCGACCUCUGCGUGCUGGAGCUCUGCGGACAUGUGGUAUUCCACUGCAACAUAAAGAACCUGUUGUUCAACAUGCCAGCGACACUAGACCCGGUAACGUUGAACGCGGUGGACGCGGUGAUCGAGGCCACAGAAAAAAUAAUGCGUGCGCGCAGCUACCUCUGGGCCUGGAUGGUCAUCGAAGACUCCACCUUCAAACGCAGCGAGUACGCCCCAAAAGAGUACUGGCAGUUUGACGUGGACCUGCAGCCACUGAUGGGCACGGAAUGCAUCAAAUGCUGCCAAAUUCUCAUAGACAACAUGAAUUCGAAGCCAGAAAUUAAGAAUGCGGACGAAACAGAUGAAUUCGAUGCAAAAGAAUUUAAAGAGUAUUGGAGGUCAUUGACAAAGCCGGGUUGAAUACAGCACUCACUAUGUAUCUAUAAUUUAAACUUUACACCUCCCCUCCGUACACCUCGUAAGACCCAGAUUUUCACAUUAAGCCUUACGACUUUAACAAUCCAUACUUUAAAUCAUAAAAAAAACAAUCCUUAGGUUAAUUGAGCUACUAUACGCUGAACCCCCUGCCUAGUAGCGUUUACAUCUACUGAGCUCAACUUAUACUAGUUCGACGAACUUCGUUUGGAAGAGACCAAAAUAACACUAGUUGUAAAAUAUAGUUCUACGCGAACUGAAACUUGCUAGUUU